AUGAGCGAACGAGCGGACGAUCUUCUCCUCAGGCACCGGACGACAACAAGCGGCAAGGCCCCACCCUCGGCCCGUCCGUCCCAAGGACAAAGACGGGGGGAGCGGUUGUCAAUCAAGGCAGGGGGUGAGAGGCGCCAUCUAUGGGCUCGGCGCUGCGCUGCGCCCCAGGGAGCGGAGCAAGGGGAGGGACCGGGGGACUCGUCUGGAUCCGGAACCUUGGGCCGCGGGGUCACGUUUCCCGCCGGCCGUGCCCGGGCGCUGCCGGAACGCUGUGAGUCGGGGACGCGUUUCCGGUGGAAGUGCUGGCAGAGGCGGAAAAAGGCGGCGGCGGCGGCCGCGAUGGCUUUGCCCGGUGCCCCCGCUCCGGCCUCGGCUCCGUCCGCGGUCCCGGCGCCGCCGCCGCCGCCCACGGUGUUGAUGACGGUUCGGGCAGGGCUGGCGCAGGCCUCUCGCCUCCUGUCGCUGCCUGCCGCCGCCGCGCUCCGCCUGCAGCUCAGUGUUGAACCGGAGGCCGGCGGUCAGCGCCGCUUCCGACUCGGCCUGCGCCACCCAGAGGCGGCCGGCGGCGCGGUGAGAAAGGGGGGACCCCGGGGAAGGGCGAGGGCAGCGGCCGAGGGUGGGGAUCAGUGUCCUCCUCCCCACCCCGUCCCCAGUGCCGGAGAACCGGCGCUGGGCCCUGCCCUCAUUGCUGAGUACGACCUGUGGGACAUCUCGUACCGCGUGCGGGGCCCCACCAGCCAUGAGCUCUCUAUCCCUGGCUCCUCGGACAGUCCCUUGGGAUUCACCUUCCCAGAGGAGCGGGAGGCCCAGCGCUGGUGGACCAUCGUCAGCAGCUCCCUGUGGGAGGUGCAGAAAGCCUCUGACUCUGCGCUGCCAGCCCCAGCCCCAUCACUGCCUGCUGCUGCCAGAGGAGCCUCAGGGGAUCAGGAUCCAGAGGCAGCUCUGACCUUGGAGCUUUCCCAGACAGAGGACCUGGCCCUGCAGCUCGCCCGGGCCAUCGAGCUGGGUGCCGAGAAGGAGGCCUCACGCUGUGCAGUGGCCCUGGCUCGCCAGCAGGCCACCCUCAGCAUCCUCCUGAAGGAGUCCAACUAUCCCCCAGAGGAGAUCAGCAUGAAUGUGGGGGUGGAGGACGCCACCUCCUCAGCCAGUAUCACCAUCAUGGUCCAUCCCCACACCACCAUCGCGGCGCUCAAGCAGCAGGUGUUCCAGGACUACGGGUUCCACCCGCUGGUGCAGCGCUGGAUCAUCGGGCAGUGCCUGUGCGUGGACGAGCGCACCGUGGGCUCCUACGGCGUGCGGCGGGACGGCGACGCCGCCUUCCUCUACCUGCUGGCGGCGGAGGUGGCCGAGCUCAGCCGCUGGCGCUACGAGGAGGACCUGGCCCAGCUGAGCACCGCCUCCUUGCCCCCGGACGGCCCCGGGGCGGGGCGCAGAUACAGCACCCUGCCCGGCGCCGCCGCGCACAAAGGUACCUGGCCCGUGGUGUCUGUCCUGCAGCUCCUGCCUGGUGUCCUCCAGGGUGCCACCAAGGCGGGGUGGUCGUGUCCCAAGUGCACCUUCAUCAACAAGCCCACGCGGCCGGGCUGUGAGAUGUGCAGCAGCGCCCGGCCCGACGACUACGUAGUGCCCGGCGGCUACACCCCGGACGAGACGGAGCUCUGGAGGAUGCAGCAGGAGCAGGAGGGCAUCCGGCAGUACCAGCAGCAAAAGCAAGAGAGAUCACAGGGUAACUUCCAGCAGCUGCUGCAGCUGGAGGAGGAGGUGCUGGUGACCAACCGGGAGGUGCUGGAGUGUCUCAUCUGCUUCCAGCAGGUGCCCCCGGGCCAGGGGGUGCUGCUGAGGGAGUGUCUGCACAACUUCUGCAGGGAGUGCCUGCGGCAGGUGAUCAACUACAGUGAGGAGCCCUUGGUGGCCUGUCCCUUCCGGGAUGAUUCCUAUGCCUGCAGCAGCCACCUCCAGGAGCGUGAGAUCCGGGCGCUGGUGUCCCCAGCCGAGUACCGACGCUUCCUGGAGCGGGGCCUGGCGCUGGCCGAGCGCCGCAGCCCCAACAGCUUCCACUGCCGGAGCCCCGACUGCCGCGGUUGGUGCAUCUACGAGGACUCCGUCAACGAGUUCCGCUGCCCCAUCUGCCAGGCCCUCAACUGCCUCCUCUGCAAGGCCAUCCACGAGGGCAGGAACUGCCGGCAGUACCAGGAUGACCUGCAGGCGCGGGCACAGAAUGACGCCGCCGCCCGGCAGACCAGCGACAUGCUGCAGACGCUGGUGCAGCUGGGGGAGGCCAUGCACUGCCCUACCUGCCUCAUCAUCGUGCAGAAGAAGGAUGGCUGCGACUGGAUCCGCUGCACCGUCUGCCAGACCGAGAUCUGCUGGGUCACCAAGGGCCCGCGCUGGGGACCGGGGGGUCCUGGGGACACCAGUGGUGGGUGUCGCUGCAACAUCAACGGGCAGAGGUGCCACCCUCAGUGCCAAAACUGCCACUGAGGCCCCCAUAGGGACAAGGGACCCCCUGGGGAGUACCCAGCGGAGCCAGCCAGAGCUGGGAGCCGCUCU